CGAGCGCGGGCGGAGAAACAACGUGAGAGGCAUUUUAUGCGAUGUUUAUCAAUUACGGGACGGAUUUGAUGAAUUUGUGUUCGACAUAUAAUGUGCCCAAGUGUCAGAGACUGAUAGUUCGUGAAAAAUACAAACUCUGUCAAAGUGGUUCUGAUUUUGACUGUCGCAGGUGGUUUUUAGUGAGUUUACCUUCGCCUGAAAUCUUGGAACCGCUUCAACACACGACGUCAAGGAGAUAACUAAGUGAGAACUAACAAGUUAAAGACACUUGCGAGUGUAGAAUACUAAUUUAAGUGUAUUUCCUAACGAGUCCUUCUCGUUGAUUGAUUGUGAUUUAAUUUUAAAGAAAAAGUGAUAUUAUGUAUAAUUUAAACGUAGACUUGGCUACCUCGGCAGCCAAUGCCGUGAACAGCCUCCUGGUGGAGAGCACCAGUACCACACCCCGUACCCCCGAAAUACUGAAUUCUCUAAUAGCCAUGACAAAUCCUCUCGAUAACUACAAUUUCGGCGACGAGGCGCCAAGGAAGACACCCAAUGGACCUAUUGCUGGUCGAAAUGGGGCCCUGAACAGUAUGAGCAGCGACUCGAACAGCUCCAGUAGCAGCCAAGUAGAGUCACCAACGACGAAUCCGCCCAGUGUUCAGCAUACCUGCUCUCAACUGAUCAAAGCUGGACUCAAAUUGACGAUCGAGCAAAAACGAAAACAACAAAGCGACGGGGAAGAUCUUUUUGACAUGGACAAGGUCAAGAGGAUCAAGAAGAACGAUUGUAGCGAAUCGGAAGAGGACAAGAUCAAACAAGAAAAUGAAUUGACUCCAGAAGAUGAGGAAAGGCGUAGGCGCAGAAGGGAACGAAACAAAAUAGCGGCAACAAAGUGCCGUCUAAAGAAAAGGGAACGCACCGCCAAUCUAGUGCAUGAAUCAGAAACCCUGGAAACCCAAAACAUCGACCUUAAAACCCAGCUACAGGAGCUACAGAACCAGAAGAGGUCGCUAAUGGAAGUGCUAUCUCUACAUAGACCACAAUGUCAGCACAAUAUCGGUCCUGUAACCCGGGAUCAUAUUUACAGGCUUCCUCCCGUUUCCUCUGUCAUGGAGACCCAUUCCUACAGUCGACCAGCCUCAGGAGACCUCUGUUUUAGGUCGCAGGUGGAGGUGUACUCCACACGAGCAAAUAUUGGUGGAGUUUCGAACAUCACAUACUCCAAGUCCAACUAUAGCAAACCACCCAGUAUAAUAGUAGAGGAAGUGCACGAAAACUAUGAGUUUAGUGAAUAUACCAAUUUGGACACAUACCCUUACAAUUCUCCAUGCCACAAUUACUCAGAGAACCAAAAUUAUAGUAGUACAGGACUGGACAAUGGUUGUAUGGCAUAACUUUUUCUCUUUUCAUAUUGUUGUGUAUUAUAUUUUUUGUAUUUGAGAGUUUGUUUUUAUUUUUUAAUUUUUUUGUUUUAUCGCACAGAAUUAUCAACGUUUUUACUUAUUAGAUGUACAGUCCAACAUUUAAUAGUCACUGAGUACUUGUCACUGAAAUGUAUACUUCUAUCUGUUUAUACACUUUUUAAUUUUUAUGCUAUAAGAAAUAGAAACACAAUGCAUUUACUAAGCAAUUAGGUUGAUAAUAAACUGUGUUCAAUUCUUGUUUGGGAAAAAAGCAUAAGUAAAAAUGUAGAUUAUUUGAUAUAGAGAAGCAUCGAGUCGAUAAAUCUCAGCUGAACAAAUUUUCUUUAUCAGGUAAAAAGAUCACAUUAUACUGGUCUUGAUCCAUUUUUAGAUACUUUAUUUUGACAUAUAACUCUCAAAUGAUAAUGCCACAAAAUUGACCAGUUUAAAUUAAAGACUUAUACGUAGAAAAUGACUUUCAAAUGGUGUUAAUUGAUAUGCCUCUAUUUUAUACAUCUAAAUAUUCUUAAAGAAAAAUAUUUAAUCAACAAACUAAACUAUAGGGACCAGUGUAAAUGAUCAGUGAAACUAUUAUGUUGGUAGAUUGGGAGGACAACAUAAUUGGUUCAUAUUUUACUAUAAACCACUAUUAUUAUUAAGUAAUCGAUGAUUGAUGUGCAACAACCAAGUAGUAUCAAUUAUGAUUAAAUACGAAAAGCAAAAUUUAUAAUCAGCGGGAAACCUUAACAUACGGCUUCAUGCAAGUAAUCUAUAUAAAAAAAUUGUAAUGCAUUUUUUCUUCAAACGGAAACUGAUAUCUGGAGUGAUGUUUGAUUGUGUAAAUUAUGAUAACUUGUUAAUUGUUGUUUUUAACAAUACCACCUCAUUGAUUGUUACCAGAUCUGAAAAUUUACCAAUGUUGAAAUGAUUAUAUUAGAUGUGUACCUAUGUCUGUUAUAAUUACAAAUGUAAUAUUGGUGCAUAAUAAGCAUUCCAAGUAAUAGAAUUAUAGUAUUUCUUACUUCUAUUAUAUUAUUUAAAUGUUUAUUAACAUAUUUUGUAUAUUACUGCCAAAUUUGUA